UUGUUCUAUCUCUGUGUAGCAGCGGCUAUCUGGAACGAAGCAAAGCAGCCCCGGCUUUUUAGACUGGGAAUCAGCUGGCUAGCUAAUGGCUAUGCUUCAAUCAGAAUGAUAUCGCAGCGGGAACGAGGAGAACUCGCACGUUUUUAUACUGUUACGGACCCUAAAAAGCAUAAGAAAGGCUAUACAGUGUACAAAGUCACUGCAAGGAUCAUCUCCAGAAAGAACCCGGAGGACGUCCAAGAGAUCACGGUGUGGAAGAGGUACAGUGAUUUCCGGAAACUUCAUCACGACCUCUGGCAGCUACACAGGAAUCUCUUCAGCCAAUCAGAGCUCUUCCCACCCUUCGCCAAGGCCAAAGUGUUUGGUCGUUUUGAUGAGACGGUGAUUGAGGAGAGGAGGCAGUGCUCAGAAGAUCUGCUCCAGUUCUCUGCUAACAUCCCAGCCCUCUACAGCAGCCAGCACAUUCAGGACUUCUUCAAGGGAGGGGAGGUCAGCGACGGCUCAGAGCUUAUUGGACCGGCCGAACCCUUCUUGGACUUCCUGGCUGACAGCCUAUCAGACUGCGGCUCUGAAGUUCAGAGGGAUCUCGGUGGAGUAGAUGAUUUGACCAUUACCAGUCAGUCUGAAUAUGGAGGUCCGUCCAGUGACAGUGACCUGACUUCCCUGGCCGUAGACAUAGACUCUUUGGCUGAGCUGGACGAUGGCAUGGCCUCUGGCCGUAGCUCGCCCAACCAGCCACUGGGAGGCUCCAGCACCAUCACCAGUACCCACAGCAGCCCCUCUCUGCCCCCCCUGUAUGACUACCAGCAGCACCACCAUCAGCAGCACACCUCGAAUCCAGCCCCCGGCUCCCCAGCCCCCGAGGUCAGCCGAACCAGCAGGACAGCGCUGUUCCCCUCCAGUCUGAGGAGAGGUAACGCUAACGCCAGGGAAACCAAGAGAGACUACCUGGACAGGGCUAGCGAACACAUCCGAUUGGCUGUGCAGAAGGAAGCAAAGCAGGACUACCAAUCAGCGUUCUCCUACUACAGGAGCGGGGUGGAUUUGCUUCUGCAAGGGGUGCAAGGCGAGCCCAGCCCUACGAGGCGGGAGGCUGUGAAGAGAAGGACGGCUGAGUAUCUGAUGCGUGCUGAGCAGAUAUCCAAUCAGCAUCUGAGAAACAGCAUGGGUCAAGGGUCAACACAGACCGUGGCCAUGGGGGCACAAUGCUCUACCGCCACAUGCAGAGGGGGUCAGCAGAGUCCAGCCGAGGAGCUCAGGGCCUACAUGGUGCUGGGGGUCAUCGAUAAGGUUCUUCUGGUUAUGGACAAGAGAACCCAGGAGACCUUUAUUUUGAAAGGCUUGAGGAAGAGCAGUGACUGUGGGAGACCCAAGCGGACCAUCAUGCCUCACUCUGUACCCCACAUGGUGCGGCUGAGGAAGUUCAUUGUCUCAGAGGACACUGUGUUUCUUCUGCUACAUUACGCUGAGGGUGGGAAGCUGUGGUCUCACAUUGGGAAGUUCCUGCGUAACUCCAGCCCGGAGGACAGCUUCGACAUUCCCUUCAUUCAGAAAAGCCACACUACGGCAGUCUACUCUGCCCAACAUGCUGCUCCCAAGCUGGGCUUGGACUCUGGCAGCUCUGGGUCUGGGCCUGGAGCUGGAUCUGGUUCUGAAUGUGUGCUCCAGAGGCAAGAGGAAUCUUCUCUUGUCCUCCCCCAGAAGAGUGCUCUGCCUCCUGGACUGGCUGACCGCCUUAGGCCCCAGCCGGACUCUGGAGCGACCUCUGAGUUAGAGGAGUGCACCGACAGUUAUCUGAAUCUCUGUAAUGAGUACGAGCAAGAAAAGGUAGAACCAGAAGCUCUAGGAGAGGGGGAAGAGAAGGAGGGAGAGGGGUGUGUGUCGAGAGGACAGGAAGCAUCGUCGCUGGAUGUCACCGUCACCACGACGACCACUUCCUCCAGGACUCGCUCACUGCUUAGCAACGACAGCCUCUGCUCUCCAAUCAGCGCCCAGGAGCUGCGUUUCUUUACUCAGACGGCCGGGGAUCACAACAACGGGCGUUGCCAGGAAAUCGGGCAGGACCACGGCGAGGUGUUCAGCCCCUUGCUCUCCCCCGCCGUUCCCCUCUCGUUGGACCAGUCCAAACGCACCCCCAUGGAGUUCUUCCGUAUCGAUAGUAAGGACAGUGCUAGCGAGGUGACGUGGUGUCCUGACUCGGCCGAGCUGAGGCCCAAACCAGACCCUUCCAAGCCACUCCCCUUCCUGUCCACCUCUGACCUGGGCUCUGAAGUCACAGACCUGUCGGACUUUGUGGAGGAGGUGAAAGGUCAUGGAGGUGGGUCUGACCGGUGGGGUCUGGAUGGUAGUGACCAGGGCUCUAAUGAGUCGGUACCAGUCAUCUCCUUUAAAGAGGCAGUGGUGGAGGACGAGGGUCGACCCCCUGACCUCCUGGUCAACCUGCCUGGGGUCAUGGGUGGGGAGGGGUUGGUGGGGGUAACUGGGGAAGUGGAGGCCCUACAGGAGGAGCUGGUGUCCUCGGGGGUGUGUCUGGCCCAGGAGGCCAAAACCUCCCCUAAGUUGACCCAGCCGGACGUGCUGCAGCUCCACCAUGAACUUGAGGAGGGGGAGGAGCUGGCUGUGGUGCGGGCCCUCCCCUCGAGGGACAAACACACCACCUCUUCCUCUCCCUGCGCCUCCCUGGGGGACGACUGUGGCCUGGCCUUCGGACAAGAUGCCAAAAUGGCUUCCGGAGCUCCUGUACUCCCGAAUAAGGACUUCCUCCCUGCCAGCGCUGUGUCUAUAGCCCCGCUCUCUUCCUCCAACACAGACAUUCCAUUCGCUGACUCACUUAGCUCACUUCCUGAAAGAUUAGAAGCCAUUUUGAACCCACAGGUACACCCUGACAGUUUGGUUCUUAACCCAGACGGGACGAUAGCUGGCUCCAACUGUGGUCAGGAUGGGACAGGGGCCAGCUCUGGGGCAGAGAGUGCACUAGGCGUUGAGUCCCAGUUCCAGGCCUGUAAGGCUGGUGUGUUUGGUGUGGAGGACAUGGUAGAGUCAGAUAAGGAUGUGUCUCGGCUGUUUGCAGAGCUUGACCAGUUGUCUGCUGUAGCGUCCCAGGCUAGGAUUCCAGAGGAGUUUGUGAGGUGCUGGGCGGUGGACAUGGUCUCUGCCUUGGACUCACUCCAUCAGGAGGGCAUCGUCUGUAAGGACCUCAACCCCAACAACAUCCUCAUCAACAGCAAAGGCCAUGUUGAGCUGACGUAUUUCUGCAGCUGGAGUGACGUGGAGGACUCCUACGACAGGGAGGCCAUCGCUAACAUGUACAGUGCACCAGAGGUGGGCGGUAUAAGCGAGGAGACGGCAGCGUGUGAUUGGUGGAGUUUGGGAGCCAUCUUGUUUGAGCUGCUCAUAGGCAAGUCUCUGCUGCAGUGCCACCCAGCUGGUAUCAGUCGCCACACGGCCCUCAACGUCCCUGAGUUUGUAUCUGAGGAGGCCAUGUCGCUACUGGUGGAGCUUCUCCAGUUCAACCCCAUAGAGAGGCUGGGGGCGGGGGUGGCAGGAGCAGAGGACAUCAAAUCACAUCCCUUCUUUGGCCGAGUGGACUGGCCCAAAUAAGCCCAGUGCAUUGUGGGACGGUGGAGGUCAGAAAUGAAUGCUCUGGGCGGAUCGAGCUGCUGACAGGGUGGGCACACACACACACACACACACACACACACACACACACACACACACACACACACGUACACCCAGACAUGGCCAGUGUCAACAAGUGAACUCUUGUUGGGGAGUUGGUCAAAUCGUCUACACACCUACCUUGUACAUGUUACUCUCACUGACGUUCUCUUUUUCCUCAUGUUGAGCAGCUUAGACUGUUGAGACAUGAUGCAUGUGGUGCAAUAAACUAACUAGUGCUUUUAUGGAAGGGUGGUUCACAAAGUCAAUGAAACGUUUUAUUAUUUCAACAAGACAACCAACGGUCUUCUGACAUUUCACAGUCCAUGUACGUUCCCCUGUAUUGAUAGGUUGCAUACUGUUUUCUCCGACCUAAAAUUGUAGAUGCCCUCCUCUUGGCCGCAGAGCCAGAAUGUUGCUGUUUUAAACCUUAAUAUCCUGCAAUUCUACACUUUGCCAUGGGGCGAACUGAAAAUGUUACUGUUUUAAAGCUAAUUCCCUGCAAUUCUACACUUACUACAAUUCUACACAUAAUUCAACACAUUUUGCU